AUGGUGCAACAGAAGCUGCUUCCCGGCGCUCAGUGGAACCGAAUGGGGUUCAUCCUGGCCGUGCUGCUCGUGAUAUUCAGUGAAAGUGUUGUUCGAUGCGCGACCCCAAAGGCUCUCGCAGGCAACUCCCACGGUACUAAUUGCCCGAACUGCGUCGAAGAGUCCUCUGCACCGACACGGUGGACGAUGCCGUUGCUAAAACUUGGAGAAAAGCGUUACUACCUUAGCAUUUUUUUCAAGGCAAAUUGGUUCAAGGCUCUACAGUACUGCCGGUUCCAUGGAAUGCAGCUAGCCAGCAUACAGACACAAGAGGAAAACGAUCGACUGGAAAAAUACGUGAAGGAUUACGGGUUGGCAACGGAACACUUCUGGACGUCCGGUACUGAUUUAGCCGAGGAGGGAAGCUUCUUUUGGGUCUCGAACGGGCGGCCACUUUCAUUCACCAACUGGAACGCCGGUGAGCCGAACAACUUCCGCUACGAAAAUGGCGAAGAGGAGCACUGCCUGGAGCUGUGGAAUCGGGACGGCAAGGGCUUGAAGUGGAACGACACACCGUGUAGUUUCGAGACGUAUUUCAUCUGCGAGGUGUAGAUGAGUAUGAACAGCAGUCGUUGAAGGAAGCAGCGUUUCUUCCGAAUGCCAAACUCAAUCCUGCAGAUCUUUUGCCGUUAUCCGCCGGACAGUUCCGUACCAGCGGACAUCGGCGUUCUACCGACCACGUGUUCAUCAAAUCCGUGUCAUCAGAAUGAGAGUGAAGCACCCUCAUCCGCUCAUCCCAUCUGUUCCCACUGUUUCACUCCCUGCUUCCCACUUUCUCGAUGCAACUUCUUUCCCUUCUAUCGUGUAGUAUUUAUAAUAUGUAGUUCAAACAUACAACAUGCGGAUUCAAUCGUCUGGAUCCGUCCGAGGGCGUGGAAAACAAGCAAACAGACAAAUACUGAAGCACAACUACACCUAGCGAGCUAAGAUCACUCGUACGUACGAUAAGUUUUGUGUUGUUAGUAGACUAUUUCUUGACGCUAUUUACAUUCACAGCUAGUUUGUUAUUUUUCAUCCGCGGAAUCUUUCCCUCAUGCCACGGUUAGGUUUAUCUCCCUUAUCGCUGUGUCGUGUUCUACUAUCGUGUUCAAUGGAGUAUGUGUAAAUAAGGUUGCGCAUUGCUGGCCAGAAAUGUGUAGAUUAAUUAUAUACGAAUAAAUUGUCA